CUUCCCACCCAGGAAGCGAAAUGCGGCUACACCAUCAUCGUGAUGGCGCUGUACUGGUGCACCGAGGCUCUCCCACUGGCCGUCACAGCUCUCAUCCCGGUUGUGUUCUUUCCCCUCAUGGGCAUCAUGGACUCCAUGACGGUGUGCAAGGAGUACCUGAAGGACACGACCAUGCUCUUUAUCGGGGGGCUGAUGGUGGCCAUCACCGUGGAGCACUGGAACCUGCACAAGCGCAUCGCCUUGCGCGUCCUGCUGAUCGUGGGGGUGAAGCCAGCCCUGCUCAUGAUGGGCUUCAUGGGGGUCACCGCCUUCCUCUCCAUGUGGAUCAGCAACACAGCCACCGCGGCCAUGAUGGUGCCCAUCGCCCAAGCAGUGCUGGAGCAGCUGCACAAGUCGGAGCAGGAGAUGGACUCACCCGCCAUGCAAGGGGUCACCCAGAAUGGGAACAUCAAUAAAGCCUUCGAGCUGCAGGAAACGGCCCACCCCCAAGUGGUGACCGUGGAGAAAGUCACGCUGCCCGAUGAGAAAGUGUCUGCAGAUCAGCAGCGGCACCUGGAGCAGAAGCACCUGACCUUCUGCAAAGGCAUGAGCCUGGCGGUGUGCUACUCGGCUAGCAUUGGCGGGAUCUCCACCCUGACGGGCACCACCCCCAACCUGGUGAUGAAGGGGCAGAUCGACGAGCUGUUCCCCGACAACGGCAACGUGGUGAACUUCGGCUCCUGGUUCAGCUUUGCGUUCCCCACCAUGGUGCUCCUUCUGGUCCUCUCCUGGGUGUGGCUGCUGCUCUUCUUCCUGGGCAGCGACCUUAGGAAGAAUUUCGGCUGGGGCGCCAGCGAGUCGGAGAAGUUGAGGUCCAUCAGGGCGUAUGCCGUCAUCAAGGCUGAGCACCGGGCCCUGGGCCCCAUGAAGUUCUGCGAGGUCACCAUCCUGGUUCUCUUCAUCAUCCUGGUGCUGCUUUGGUUCACGAGGGAACCGGGGUUCAUGCCAGGUUGGGCCACUAUGGCUUUCAACAAGAAUGAAAAGAGUUAUAUCACCGAUGCGACAGUCGUCAUCUUUAUUUCUCUGCUGAUGUUCCUGAUUCCUUCAGAGAUACCCACCUGUGGAGCCCUGGGCAGGGCUCAACCAGGAGGUGGCAAUGAGAUACGGGUAACCCCGGCCCUCCUGGACUGGCAGACGGUCAACCGGAAGAUGCCCUGGAACGUCGUCCUCCUCUUGGGAGGAGGGUUUGCUUUGGCCAAAGGCAGUGAGGAUUCCCAUCUGUCCGUCUGGCUAGGGAACAAGCUCACCCCCUUGCAGACCUUGCCUCCCCCGGCCAUCGCCUUCCUGCUGUGCCUCUUGGUGGCCGCUUUCACGGAAUGUGCCAGCAACGUGGCCACCACCACACUCAUCCUGCCCAUCCUGGCCUCCAUGGCAAAAGCCAUCUGCCUCAACCCACUGUAUGUGAUGCUGCCUUGCACCCUGUCCGCCUCGCUGGCCUUCAUGCUUCCUGUUGCCACCCCUCCCAACGCCAUCGUCUUCUCCUACGGACAGCUGCGCGUCAUCGACAUGGUCAAAGCUGGCUGUGUGCUGAACCUACUAGGGGUGCUGACCAUCACUCUUGCCAUCAACACCUGGGCCAUCCCCUUGUUUGACCUGCACACCUUCCCCUCCUGGACCAACGGCACUGUGCGCGAGUGCUGAUUUCGGGGGAAGGAGACCCUCCCGGUGUCGAGCGGCUUGCCUGGACCCUACACGUCCUUGGAGGGCCGC